GGUAAACAAAGCGGAUUGCUAGCGAGCUAACAGUUAACGUUACCCCAGUAGUAUCUGUGCUAACAGUGAAUUUAAAUUAAGAGUGCGAAUAGGGGAUGUUUUAAAAACCGUGCGCACAGUCAGGGUUUAAUUAGAUGAGAAUUUCUGCAUUAUGUGCAAUUUUAUAGUUUCAAUGCAUCGUAAGAAAUGGCUAACUGGUUAGCCCUCAGUGAGACUACUUUGAUUCGGGGGAGCAAAAUGAAACUAAACUGUAAUGGUCCGCGUUGUAAGUGAUCGUUUAAUAAUUAAGCUAUGUAACAUUAUCUUAGCUCACCAGUUUUGUUUAAUUUUGACGUUAUUAUCAUAUAAUAGCCAAAAUGUUUGUACACAGAUCUUUACGAGUCACUCAGAUAACUUAGUCAAAUAAAAGCGUGUUAGCAGAUAACGGGUUGCUUAACCAUACAAAGGAGAGGCGUUAAUUGGUAACGUUAAUAAUAAGAUAAAACGACUGUGAUGAAAUAAUAAACCCCAGUGAAAGCAUUUAGGGGUGAAAUGUUCAAUCUGAUGGCGAACUGUUGCAACUGGUUGAAACGAUGGAGAGAACCUGCAAGGAAGGUGACAUUAGUAAUGGUGGGACUGGACAAUGCUGGAAAAACAGCGACAGUCAGAGGAAUCCAGGGAGAAAGCCCUUUAGAUGUAGCACCUACAGUGGGCUUUUCAAAGGUGGACCUGAAGCAGGGAAAAUUUGAGGUCACAAUCUUUGACCUGGGUGGCGGGAAGCGUAUUCGUGGCAUUUGGAAAAACUACUACUCUGAGUCUUAUGGAGUGGUGUUUGUUGUGGACUCCAGUGAUGUCCAGAGAAUCCAGGAGACCAGAGACACUAUGGCUGAGGUUCUCCGGCAUCCUCGUAUUGCAGGCAAACCUGUUUUAGUACUGGCUAAUAAACAGGACCAAGAUGGGGCAUUGGCUGAAGCAGAUAUCAUUGAGACCCUGUCACUGGAGAAGCUUGUCAACGAGAAUAAAUGCCUUUGCCAGAUUGAGCCCUGUUCAGCUGUCUUGGGUUAUGGUAAGAAAGUUGACAAGUCCAUUAAAAAUGGGCUUAACUGGCUCCUGAAUAACAUUGCCAAGGACUACGAGGCAAUUUCAGAACGUGUGCAAAAAGACACAGCCGAACAGAAGGCUCAGGAAGAACAAGACAAGAAAGAAAGAGCAGAGAGAGUUCGGCGGAUCAGAGAAGAGAGAGACAGACAGGAACGAGAGGAAGCAGAGCGAGAAGGAAGGACAUUAAAAGAGGAAGAGCUAGAUGAACUCAACAUGUCCAACCCCUUCCAACCAAUAAACAAUGUUGUGACUGAGAACGAAGACAGACUAAACAGAGAAAAAGAGAUGCAGAGACAGAGGGAAAAUGGCCAACAGGGCAGUGUGCAAGAACAAAUAGCACUUCAAGAUGAGGAGGAAGAAGAGGAAGAUGAAGAGAGUGAGAGACAGACCCCAGAAAGCACAGAAUCAGGAGCAGUGGACCAGACCAAAAAGAAAACUAGGAAAUUACGGUUGAAACGCAAACACAGAGUCGACCCUCUGAGGAUGGAAGAAGCAGCACCCAAAAGCCCCACCCCUCCUCCUCUACCAGUUGGAUGGGCAACUCCUAAAGUUUCUAGGCUCCCCAAACUUGAGCCUCUUGGAGAUACAAGGCAUUCUGCAAGCCUCAGCCACAUCCUUCCUGUACAGUCAUCUACCAUCAGCCUACAGAAUUACCACAACCAUCCACAUUGAUAUUGUAGCUAAUAAAUGCUACUAGCAUAUUAUCCUUAACACUUCAUAUUCUGUUCUGUGACUAAUGUGUGUUAUCUGUUCUCUGUUUUCCUGAUGCUUACAGGAAAUAUUCUGGGACAUUUGAUCACCUCAUUUCAUAUUCUGUCAAUUUUAUCUAGGAAUUUAAAUGGUGAAGUAUGUAGUUUUUGUGUUCUUAGUGAAAUGGAAUAGUUCACUCAGAAACUAAAAUUCUUAUAAUUAUAUUAUUCUUUUAAUAGUUGAAUUGAAGAAAAUUCUGGGAAUGAGAAAGAGAAUGGUAUCCAUUGACUUCCAUAGUAUUCAGAAGUAACAGUCACAAUAGCUAGUUUUAAUUUUUUUUCCUAACGAGAAGCAAAUCUUUGCAAAUUUCCUAAAAGAAAAAAGUUUGAAUGUGAAUUCACCUCAUGCCUUCAUGUCUGGGGUGGCUUUUUUCAGUUUAUUCGUGACAAUUUGCAUUUGUAUAGUAUUAUUAUUAGUAGUAUUAUUUAUUAUUUGCAUAUUUAUAUUUGUUUUUACUAAAAAACAAGUUUAGAUUUGUCCACCUGUUGGGUUUUGGAGAUGUAUGCAUAAACAUAUGUGCUAUGUCAGGUUACAGGGGCAUAAAAAUGGGACGUGCGUUUGGAUAUAACUCAGUUUUUUGACCACACUUCGUUAUUAUUGUCCAUUUAUUUGUUUGCUGGAAAUUAGAACUAAAUUUAGAAAUAGUUUUGAAACAAAUAUUUGCGCUUAACAAAAAAAAUGCACCCCCUCAAAGUUAAAAAAUACUUAAACUUAAAAAACUUUUAAAAAUUAAAUAUGUAGGGUAAUGGGUGUCUUUAGUGAAGUGCGUACAACACCAUUUUCUUAUCCACAAAAGUAAAGGAGUAAAGAGUAAAAGUGAAAGGAAAGUGAAAGUAAAGAGGCCUAAUGAAGGAGGCUCAUUCUUUAUCCUAGUGCAGAUGGUCUGUUUAACUGUUUUCUUGCUAGUGAAGCAUUCAGUUUUUCCAUUCAGUUUUUCCACUUAGAAAGUCCACUAUAUAAAUAGCAAAUUCGCCAUUGCGCAAUUGAACUAAAGUUGACUCCUAAAGGGAAUGAGAGAUGACACUCUUAUUGGUUUAAUGCACGUUAUGCUCAAAACACAGCCAUAACCCUGUCAGACCAUGCACUAUGGCGCAUACCGAAUUUUUCUAUCCCUAAAAUAGCAAAAGUGGAUUCGGACACACCUUUAAUGCUUUUGCAUCAUGCGCUUUAGACUUUGCACCUAGAUAAAUAAAAAAGAGCCCAUUAUGUGUGAACGGCUUUUUAGAGUGGGUGACUGUAGUAUUGGUAACCUAGUAACCAACAGUAAGCAAGGCAAGCAUAAUGGAAACAGCUAAUUAGUCGUGUGGGUGUAAUGUAUGCUGCAUCAGAGUUUGUUCAGCAAAUGCAUUUCCAUUUCCCAUUAUUUACAUUAACCCUUUUGUCCAAAACUACCUCAAGUGAAGUUUGUCUGAAAUAAGGGAGUGUUUAAUAGAAAUUUGACAUUUCUCAUUUGAUACUUAAAAAUGCACAUUAACACUGGGUGAUGGAAACCCAGCUACUGUGCUUUUUGUUCCAUUGACUUUCAUUCAUAUACAUGUAUAGUGUGGAAGGAGACAAAUGCAAGCUUGUACAAAGUAUUAUUUUUGGUCAGUUUGGUCAGUCUAAUCACAAAAUGCAUAUGUGAAGUCAUGUGACCAACAUAAGAUAGAUAUCUCAAGGCGUUACAAAGUAGUUGAAAUAAAAUCUGCAGCAUUGUUGAGAAUAAGGUCUCUGCUGUGCAUAAGUGGGCAUUUCAGAAUUUUUGUGGGUGUUUCUAAACAAUGCAAUUACUGUAACCUGACAUUACAUCUGAAACCAACGGUCUGUAUGGCAUGAGCCAGUCAGAAACAUGGUCAAACACUACCCUCUGCUCUUGCCUCACCUAAUGAUCUGGCAACUCUCAUUAUUCCCUGCAGAUGCCUACACUUGGCGUUGUUGGAUUGUAAAUUUUAUAUUUACAUUUUCCAGUUAAUUUUAAAACUAAUUAAUUUGUAGUUGGGAAAAAUAAAAUGGGUAAAGAGAAUUUAUAUUGACAAAAUUCAUACAUUACAUACUUCACCUUUAAAGAAUUAAUUCACCCAAAAAUGAAAAUUAUUAAUUUCUCACCCUCACGAGAACUUCGUUCAUCUUCAGACCACAAAUGGAGAUAUUUUAGAUGAAAUCCAAGAGCUCUCUGACUCUCCAUAGACAGCAAGGGUCAUAAGAUGUUCAAAAUCCAGAAAAGGAACCACAAACAUUGCCAAAAUAUUCCAUGCUACUCCAGCAACCGUGUACCACAAAACUGUAAAAAUGACUUUGUUCGCCAAUGUUUUUCUUCAGUCACAUCAGGUCAGGGCAUGCAUUUACUCUUGGGAAUAUGACACUAACGUGUUUAGCUUUUUACCCUAAUGGCAAUAGGUUGUACUGGCUGUAGUGAUCGUGCUUACUGAUCAACAGACCAUAAGGAGAAGACAUUGAUGAACAACGUUGUUUUUACAGUAUUUUGGCACACAAAAGUGUUUUUGGAGCUUCGUAUGAUUACAUUUGAACCACUGAAGUUACAUGGAGCGACACUGUGGCUCAUAGCAAUAAGGUCACUCGUUUGAGCCCAGGCUGGGUCAGUUGGCGUUUCUGUGUGGAGUUUGCAUGUUCUCCCCGUGUUUGCAUGGGUUUCCUCCGAGUGCUCCGGUUUCCCCCACAAGUCCAAACACAUGCAAUACAGGUGAAUUGAAUAAACUAAAGUGGCCGUAGUGUAUGUGUAUGAUUGAGUGUGUGUGGGUGUUUCCCAGCACUGGGUUGCAGAUGAAAGGGCAUCCACUGUGUAAAACAUAUGCUGGAUAAGUUCAUUCUGCUGUGGCGACCCCUGAUAAAUAAAGGGACUAAGCCGAAGGAAAAUGAAUGAAGUUACAUGGAAUAUUUUGACAAAUGAUAUAGAUCUAAUUUAUUUUUCAGAAGUGUGAACCUCUCUGAAGAGUCAGAGAGCUCUCAAAUUUAACGUAAAAUAUAAUUAAUUUGUGUUCCAAAGAUGAAUAAAAGUCUCAAGAGAUCGAAAUGACGAGUGCGAGUAAUUAAUAAAAAUAAAAACUAUGUUUUUGGGAGAACUAAUGUUUUAACGAUUUAGCUUAACCUUGUAUUCUGCAGAAAAUUGUUGAUCAUUGAUAUUUAAAAAUGAAUAUUGCUGACAUUUUUCCUCAUAAAUCUCUUUCA